CCAGGAGGAGCGGCCAUGGAGGGUCAGCGCUGGCUGCAGCUGGAGGCCAACCCCGAGGUCACCAACCAGUUUCUCAAACAAUUAGGUCUACAUCCUAACUGGCAGUUUGUUGAUGUAUAUGGAAUGGAUGCUGAACUCCUUAGCAUGGUACCAAGACCUGUGUGUGCAGUGUUGCUUCUCUUCCCUAUUACAGAAAAGUAUGAAGUAUUCAGAACAGAAGAAGAGGAAAAAAUAAAAUCUCAGGGACAACAUAUUACAUCAUCAGUAUAUUUCAUGAGGCGAACGAUCAGCAGGGCCUGUGGAACAACUGGACUGAUCCAUGCUAUUGCCAACAAUAAAGACAAGAUGCACUUUGAAUCUGGAUCGACCUUGAAAAAAUUCCUGGAGGAGUCUGCAUCACUGAGCCCUGAAGAACGAGCCAUAUACCUGGGGAACUAUGACUCCAUUCGAGUUACUCAUGAGACCAGUGACCAUGAAGGUCAGACUGAGGCACAAAAUAUAGAUGAAAAAGUAGAUCUUCAUUUUAUUGCAUCAGUUCAUGUAGAUGGGCAUCUCAAUGACUUAGAUGGAUGGAAACCAUUUCCAAUUAACCAUGGGGAAACUAGUGAUGAAACUUUAUUAGAGGAUGCCACAGAAGUUUUCAAGAAGUUUAUGGAAUGUGACCCUGAUGAACGGAGGUUCAAUGCCAUUGCUAUUUCUGCAGCAUAGCUUGUCCAGAAUGGAAACACCAAAUACUGUAUUAUUUGCAACAAAGUUAAAUUUCUUCUGUCAUACACUAAUUCAAAAAUUUUGAUAUUUUUCAUUAAGUUGACUAUUAAACUUUAUGUGAACUAAAAAAUA